AGUCUUACAUCCGGAAGGUGGGGCUUUUGUUGCAGGAGCGGUUUGCGUUUGGAAAGCCAAUGCCUCGAUAUGCUCUAUUAAUGCAGUCAACAAGAUAGCAUCGACCGAGGGCAGAAAGACGAAUCCUACGUUGGUUGUGUCAAAGAGUGUUUGGGUGUGUGUGUGUGCGUGUGUGUGUGUGUGUGUGUGUGAGUGUGUGAGAAAGACACAAGGAAGAAUCCAGUGAUGGCUACCAGUAAAAAUAAAAACCAGAGCUCUCUGGCACUGCACAAGGUGAUAAUGGUGGGCAGUGGAGGUGUGGGGAAGUCAGCCCUCACUCUGCAGUUCAUGUAUGAUGAGUUUGUGGAGGACUAUGAGCCCACCAAAGCAGACAGCUACAGGAAGAAGGUGGUUCUGGAUGGGGAGGAGGUCCAGAUUGACAUCCUGGACACAGCAGGCCAGGAGGACUACGCUGCCAUCAGGGACAACUAUUUUCGCAGCGGGGAAGGCUUCCUACUGGUCUUCUCCAUCACAGAGCUCGAGUCCUUCGCUGCCACUGCUGAGUUCAGGGAGCAGAUCUUGCGGGUGAAGGCAGAAGAGGACAAGAUCCCUCUCCUGGUGGUAGGGAACAAGUCGGACCUGGAGGAGCGCCGGAAGGUAUCUGUGGAAGAGGCCAGAGGGAAAGCUGAAGAGUGGGGCGUCCAGUAUGUCGAGACAUCAGCCAAAACCAGAGCCAACGUCGACAAGGUAUUCUUUGACCUGAUGCGUGAAGUACGUGGCAAGAAAAUGUCAGAAAACAAAGACAAAAAUGGGAAAGGAAAGAACAAGAAGAACAAGAAGAGUUUCAAAGAGAGAUGCUGUUUACUUUGAACUGUUUGUGAACAAAGGAACUUCGGGAACAAAGCAGAGCGUCCUUGCCAUUGUCGUUCAAAUGAAAUUUAAUCUUUUUUAAUAGCUGGUUAUAGUUUAGUGUCUAGAACAGUCUCAAUCACUUUUUUUUUUUCAAUUUUAAUUGACAAAAUCUAAGUAGCUGUUUCAAUGGAAGAUAACCACUGUUGUGACUGUGACUUGGACUGCAGUGCUUGAUGGCUCACAGUAAGCCAAUGACCAAACUGCCACUGACACUAACUCUGCUGCUCAAGACAGUUUCCACUGUUUUAACUCAACGAUUUUACUGCCUUUGACUGUGGUUCAGUGUGUUUUACACCAGAGUUGUUGAGUCUUUGUCAAGUAAACAGUGCUCUUAAUUUCUUAACCUGCUCUUAAUCUUAACCUGCAUACUUUAUGUAUUUCUUAGUAUAGACCCCAUGAUCAUCGAUUUACAAAGAACUCUAAUGCUGCUGUCUGUCAUAUUUGUUAUCAUUAAUGAUGAUAGUGUCCUGUCUGUUGAUGGUGUCGGCCUCAUUCAUUCAUCGGUCCAGACUCAAGUCUUGAUGACUUCAGAUCAUGUUUGGAAUGACAGCUGGAAGUUUCAGAUGUCUUCAUUUUUGAAGCUUUACUUUUUUUUUCAAUUCGUCCAGUUAUUUUUUUUUUUUUUUGGACCACAGAAGAAUCACUCAGUGCAAUCAGAGGAUUUGUUGCCAAACAGGGUUAUUCAUUUCCAUUACCAGGCCUUACAUGAUUAUUAGAAAUCAAUCAUACAAUCUUUUGCAGUUAAAAUCUUUAGUGACUAUAAAUCACAGAAAAACUCCCAAGUUUCUGGUAGAUAUUUUUAACGUGUUAGAUAUUUUGAGGCUGUGAAAAAAAGGCUGUAAUUUUGCUUCUAGUAUUUUGUCAUAGGUAAAUGUGCAGUGGCUAACAGGGGAGAGUGGACCUGUUUUUCUUCAUGGUGCACUGCCAUCUUCAGGUAAUCUGGCCUUUUCCACCCUUCUCAUGGUGCAGAUUACUUCCUGUUUUACAUGACUUGAAGUUAGUGAGUCUUUGCUGGUUCUGUGCUGUGAGACAGGUGUUGACAAUCCAGGAGGCCAUAACACCUAUAAUCCAUGAUGCCAUUAUAGUCAGUAGCUGCUUAUAAAUCUGAUCAAUUCUGAUGUUCCUUUUUUUUUUUUUUUUUAAAUCCCUCAGUCUUUUGAACGAUAUGCACUACAUUUCCAGUACCUAAGAAGUGGACUUCAUGCUCAGUGGUGUCACGCUGGAGAUUCUGAAACUAUUUGUGCCAACAAAAUUACAAAAAAUCAAACUAUGUUUGUGGAUGUACAGUAUGUAUGUUACUUACCUGAGUGUAUGUGCAUUUACCAGAAAACCGUACUACCUUUCUUUGUCUGUGUGAGCAAAGCUGUGAUGAGGGUGCCAACUUCUUAACUGUUGUUAGAUUAAGUGCUACAGUGAACAAGAUGUUUCUACCACUGCCUGAACCAUUCUUUGUAACAUGUCUUUUUUUCUUUUACUUCCUACUACUGUGAGUAUGCUUCUAUCUCUCUGCAGUGAGAGUGUUGCUGAAUAAAUGCUUUUUUUCUUUGUAAA